UCUGAGUUAGGAGAUUUUGAGCAAAAGUCUUACAAGAGGAGGAAAUAUGAUGCUGCGUUCAUGUCCUAAAAGGGAAAGGGAGUUAUACAUAUAGAAAAAACCUCAAUUUAUAUUGAAUCUGUUUCUCGGUUUAUCAUUCAUCUACUUUGUGAACUUACUGGGAGGUUAGUUAUUUUCGCAGACUUGCCAGAAAAAUUAUUAAACUCCUCUUAUUAAAAGCCCUGUUCGUUAUAUUGUGUUCAAAACACUUUUUCACCCAUGGUUCCAUGGUCUGAUAUAGGCUACUUCCCGAAUUUCUUAAAGCAGUUUUUGGAUCCUCUCAGUUAUCCAUUUUAUGUUUGGAAUCUUAAUUUAAGUUGUACUAAUUUUUCCACAUGUCAAAUUUCGAUUAUAAAUCGUGCUCCUUGAGGCUCCAACAGUUUUAUUUUUUAAUUUAUUAGCAAAUAACUUACAAAUAGCACAGAGAUUUGUUGCGUUACAAUGAUUGUUCAGAAAUUGUCCCCUUUUCCCCCCACCAUGGUCAGUAAACGCAGCAUUUGAUAACUAGUAGGCGGCGACUACUGGAACUUGCUCUUAUCUAGUCGACCAAUAGGAAAGGCCCGUUAAACCCACAAACAGCGCUGAGCGCGGCUCCAUAUUGGAUCGGAUUUCGUCUGAGAAACACAUUGCUCGGGCGGGCAUAUUAUCUAAUACACCGACAAGAAGCUCACUGUACUCCUAGGCAUGAGGACUAGCAGCCGGCAAAUACCACUGUCACGCACAAACCUCCGGGACUCUGCUUCUCUGAGCGGCGUCAUUGUCUCCGCGGACGCUGUUAUUAACGGCGCUUAGAAAUUAGGUUAACCACGCACCUGAGGAGCGGCUGAAAAAGUGGCAUGCAGAGUGAGGAAGACACACUUGGACUGAGAUAACGUUGACAUAAUGUUUACGCUCACAGAGGUUGCAUCCCUGAACGACAUCCAGCCGACAUAUCGCAUCUUAAAGCCAUGGUGGGACGUCUUGAUGGACUACCUGGGCCUGGUCAUGCUCAUGUUGGCCAUAUUUGCAAUGACCAUGCAAAUCACCAAGGACCAAGUCGCUUGCCUUCCUUGUCCUGAAGAAACGGGUGGGGUUUCAGAAACUGAAGCUAAUCUGUACUCCACCCAAAAAGGAUCCUCUGCAACACCCACCGGAGCCCCUGUUACACCUACAAUCCAUUCGGGCACUACAGCGCAGUCCAACAAAGCCAUCACUGGUGUUCUCACGACGCAUCGGCCCGGAACAGCAGAACAGCAAACAAAUCCCCAACCUGAACCAAGAGGGGUUAAAACCAACCUGGACUUUCAACAAUAUGUCUUUAUCAACCAAAUGUGUUACCAUGAUGCCUUACCCUGGUCUUCCAAGUACUUUCCAUACCUUACACUUAUUCACACCAUUAUUCUCAUGGUAAGUAGCAAUUUCUGGUUUAAAUACCCCAAGACAAGUUCAAAGAUUGAGCAUUUUGUCUCCAUUCUGGGUCGGUGUUUUGAGUCGCCUUGGACAACGAAAGCUUUGUCUGAAACGGCGUGUGAAGACUCUGAGGAGAACAAACAGAGGUUGACAGGCAGUUCCUCAGGACCAAAGCAGGUGUCUUUAGAGGGGAAGGAUGAAAGUCCCGACACCAACCCAUCCACACCAAUGCUUGGGAUCAAGGUCUCUGCAGACAAACCCAUUGCAGAGGUCCCAAGCAGCAUGACCAUCCUGGAUAAAAAGGACGGAGAGCAGGCCAAAGCCCUAUUUGAGAAGGUGCGAAAGUUCCGAGCCCACGUGGAAGACAGUGAUUUCAUUUACAGGCUCUAUGUCGCUCAAACCUCUGUCAAAACUGUUAAGUUUAUUUUGAUUCUGUCCUACACUUCCACCUUGGUUAAAAUAGAAUUCAAACAUUAUUGUGAACCAGACAUAGAACAGCUAACAGGCUAUAAAAAAUUCUACUGUACACACAACUUGGCUUUCAUGCUGAACAAGCUGCUCUUUACCUACGUGGUGUUGAUCGUAAUCUAUGGAAUGACAUGCCUAUACUCCCUGUUUUGGGUGUUCCGACGCCCUCUGAAAGAGUAUUCCUUCGAAAAGGUGAGAGAAGAGAGCAGCUUCAGUGAUAUUCCGGAUGUCAAGAACGACUUCGCGUUUCUACUGCACAUGGUUGACCAGUACGAUCAGCUUCACUCUAAGCGCUUCGGCAUCUUCCUGUCGGAGGUCAGUGAAAACAAGUUGAGGGAGAUCAGCCUCAAUCACGAGUGGACAUUUGAAAAACUAAAGCAGCAUGUCACGCGCAAUGUACACGACCAGCAGGAGCUGCACCUCUUCAUGCUGUCCGGCCUGCCAAACGCUGUGUUUGACCUGACGGACCUAGAAGUACUGAAGCUGGAGCUGAUUCCCGAGGUGAGAUUUUCCGCCAAGGUUUCUCAGAUGACCAGCAUGCAGGAGCUGCAUCUGUGCCAUUGUCCGGCCAAAGUGGAGCAAACCGGCUUUGCCUUCCUACGGGAUAACCUGCGCCGCCUGCAUGUCAAGUUCACGGACGUCGCAGAGAUCCCGCCUUGGGUCUACUUGCUGCGGAGUCUGAGAGAGCUGUACCUAAUGGGGAACUUGAACUCAGAAAACAACAAAAUGAUCGGCCUGGAGUCCAUGAGGGAUUUGAGGCAUCUGAAGACGCUAUGCCUGAAGAGCAAUCUCACGAAGAUGCCGACGAACAUCACAGAGCUCUCCCCGCAUCUCCUCCGACUAGUGGUGCACAACGAUGGGACGAAACUGCUGGUGCUGAACAGUCUGAAGAAAAUGACGAGCCUCAUUGAGCUAGAGCUGAACAACUGUGAACUGGAAAGAAUCCCUCAUGCCAUCUUUAGCCUGACCAACCUGCAGGAACUCGACUUGAAGUCCAACAACAUCAGAACUAUAGAAGAGAUCAUCAGCUUCCAGCAUCUCAGGAGGCUGACGUGCCUCAAGCUCUGGCACAACAAAAUCAUCACCAUCCCAGCAUCCAUCGGUCACGUCAAGUCCCUGGAAUCUCUCCACCUUUCCCACAAUAAACUGGAGUCCCUUCCUUCAGCCUUGUUUACUCUUCCCAAGCUGCGAUACUUGGACGUGGCCCACAACUCCAUCACAGUGCUUCCACCUGACGUGGGCCUCCUCAACAACCUCCAGCAUCUGGCCAUUAACUCAAACAAGUUGGAAGCCCUGCCCAAACCUCUCUUCAGAUGCACCAAGCUGAAGGUGCUUUGUCUAGGUCACAACGCGCUCACCAGUCUGCCAGAGACCGUGGGUCAACUGGUGCAGCUCACGCAACUGGAGCUCAGAGGGAACUGCCUGGACAGACUGCCCGUCCAGUUGGGAAGCUGCCGGCUGCUGCUGAAGAAUGGCCUCAACGUGGAGGACCAUCUUUUUGACACCCUGCCGGUGGAAGUUAAAGAGAGCAUCAGCAGAGAAACAAAUGUUUCCUUUAGUGCCUAAUAAAACAAGUUCCAUCUGAAAGACACAACUACAUUUCUGGAAAUGUUUGCAGAAACGGGGAAACAAAUUUAUUAUUUACAAAAAUGAAUUCAUUUACUUGAUCAUUUCAGAGGAUAAAAUUGGUUGCUAACAUUAACAUUAGGGGUGCACCGAUAAAUCAGCCCUGAUUUCCUUAAUUUUGGGAGAUCGGUGAUUCUCCGACACUUGCAUCUAAAGUAAGUCGAUCUUAUCUACCUCGGCAAAGGUCUAGAACUCAACCACUGUCCUCUUGAGACGUUUGACUGACAGACCGGCCCACCAGGCAGUUAAUAGUCAGUUCUCUGUUGCCAACUCGGCGACUUUCUUGCUAUAUAUUUAGCAACAUCUGAGACUCAAAAAUCGGUAUCGGCCAAGAUUGUCAUCAGCAAGUCAAGCUUUUUAAAGAUCUAUAAUCAGCAAUUGACCUGAAAACUGCAAUCGGUGCACCCCUGAUUAAUAUAGCUUCAAAGAGGCUUUUUUGUUAGCUAGUGCAAUGACAGGCAAAAGUAUUCUUAAAGUUUUAAGAUUUUGUUCUCCCGUUAAAUUUACAUUAAGAUCUUAAGUGAUCGACCAACACAGAGUAAUGUAUGAGUAUUUAGUAAAAGAUAAAGGAGACUGAAUUUUUUUUGUACAUUUUUUGUAAACAUAUGCAAUUUACAUGAGAAAUGGUCAUGGAGACAAUUUGUCUCCAUGAAUGGAUACCAAGUGUUAGCUUUUUAUUACGGAUGCACCAUAUAUUGGCAUUAACUGAGCCGAUAUCAGAUUAAAUACAGAGCAUGAACAUCAUCAUCAGUCCUGACACAAUAUGUUUAAGGUCAUUGUUUUGCUGCCCCAGAAUCGAGUGUUUUCCAUCUCCAACAGGAUUUCCUCCAGAUUAAUUACUAACAAUAAAAUAUACAUGUGACUGACUGGGACUCCUUGCUUGGCCUGUCAGUUUGGGUUGAAAUCCAUUUCUAGGUAGGUUUCCAAUUGUGCCAUGCCAUGCUCCUUUCCAAAUGAAGAAUUGAUUGAAGCUCUGUGAGAUGUUAAAGGUUUGGGAUAUUGAUGUAGAAAUUGUUUAAAUUUGUGAUCGUUCUCCCUGACCAGUCUGUGUUUCUUAGUCUCCAGGAUACUGUUUGUUUGCCAAUAAACCUCGGAGGUCUUCACAGACCCCCUGCAUUUAUGCUUGACUAAAAUUGCAGGUAGACAUUGUUGUUAAUUAGUUGGCGUCAGAAAGCAGGUGGUUGUAUUAGACAUUAUUUCAGGGUCUCAGAUUGAAGGGAGCUGAAUACAAACCCCUGCCAUUCUUUUCAGAGUUUUAAUGAAAGAUAGUGAAAAUCAUGCACUGUUUGUAUCAUCAUGCAUGUACUAUAAUUUAGGAAGAUGAGCUACGGCUGUUCACAUUUUAAAACACUGUGGAAAGUGGUGAGAAUUUAUUGCAGUAUUUUUAAUUGGAGUAGAUUUAAUAGUGCUAAUGUUUUCUCUUUGGAACCGUACAAAUGUAAAUACAGCACCUAAAAUUAAAACUUUGUCCCAUCAGGUUACUUCAGUGAUUUUACUGCAGAACAGGGAUCAGAACUUCUUUUAUUUAUUUUUUUGUUACUUGUAUCUGUUAAAGCUGCCAUGGAACCAAGAGUAGAACAAAUGAUGAAAGUAAAACCAUUUGUCUCCAUGAAUGGAUACCAAGUGUUAGCUUUGUAUUAUGCACCAUAUAUUGCCAUUACCUUGGCCGAUAUUAAUAAGUGAUGUUUUUCCUUGUUGCCGUUUGUGUGUGUGUGUGUGUGUUUCUUGAGGGGAAGAUUGGCCAUGUGACGUUCGGUCAUGUGUCAAAAGGGCAGGGAAAUAUAUUGAGUGAAUAUCAGUUAUCGGCCAUAAAAACAAGAUAUCAGGUAACCACAUAAGUCCAAAUUUUCAUAUCUGUGCAUCCCAUUUUUGUGGUUUAAAACAUUGCUAGAAAUUAAUUCUUUUGAUGAUUAAAAAAAAAAGAUCUGAUAGACAAAUCUCUAUCGUGUUUCAUUUUAAUGCACUAUGUGUUGGUCCAUCACAUAAAAUCCUAAUGGAAUACACUGAAUCUGGUGGUAAUAACGAGACAGAAUGUAAAGCAAUUCAAAAGGUGGAAGGAGUUUUGCAUUUCAUUUUUUUGUUCAUAGCUUUUAAGUCAUUGUGGGGGGAAACACCCCACAAAUGUAACUUUGUUAUUCUCUUUUAACCAAAACCAUUUGCUCCAGUGAUUAAAUGUAGAUUUGUUUCAAUAGUCUUUGUAGAUGCUCAGGUAUAAUUGUAACCAUGGGGAAUAAUCUGUUUUGUUUUGUUUUGUUGCCUUAACUGCUGCUAUAUUUGUUUUUCCACAGCAAAAGACCAAAAAUGAAAUGGAAUGUUUUCUUGUCUGUCUGCUUUGGCAGAGCAUUUUUAUUUUAAAAUCUCUUCUAGAAGUAAAAAACAAAAUAGAAUAAAAAAAUCUCAGCCCUCCUAUCUAGGUGGUUCUAUCUGGUUUCUCAUAUUUUCUUCAUGUGUAUUUCUGUAGCGGACUGAAUGACCUUAGAGUUGUAAAACUCAGCACCAGAAAAAUACUUUUACCUCACUGUUGUAGAGAUUGUACACUAAGGCCUCUGUGGUUUGUACCUAAAAGCUUUAUGAUGUAAAAACAAAUUCUGAAUGUCGCUUACCGAUGACGUGUGUGUAGACUGAGAGCUGAUGAAAGGGAAACGUGUUGGCUCUACCUUUUUAAAUCGUGUUUUGAUAUUUUAGCCUGUGAUUGAGAAUGAUCAUUAGCUCAGUCACCUACUGAUGAUGAUGAUGAUGUCUGCCUUCAUUCUUUAAGUGUACCUCUUUGCAACCCUUUAAGUGUUCUUCAGAGCUCAUGUAUCAUGUUAGUCAUCUCAUGCUGCAAUUUUAUUUGGCAAUAAAAAGAAAAUCUACAACAUUGUCUGAA